CCAGGAAGCCCAGGGCUUGGAGUUCCCGCUCCCCGGAGCCCAAGUCGGCCUCUGCCGCCGUCUCGGAGCCCCGCACACCUUGUAAGGGGGAGGCAGGCUUCUCUCUAGCCUCGCACCCCAGGAGGCGCGUUCCGAGAGAAGCAGCCACCGUGCCGCCUCUGCCUCGGCGUGGAACAAACGGUUAAAGAUUUUGGGCAGCGCCUCGCGGGGGGAGGAGCCAGGGGCCCAAUCCGCAAUUAAAGAUGAACUUUGGGUGAACUAAUUGUCUGACCAAGGUAACGUGGGCAGCAACCUGGGCCGCCUAUAAAGCGGGCGCGCGGCGGGGUUCGGAGCGCUGGCGACGGCGGCAGGUGGCGCGGGAGGCCGCGGCGCGCCAUGGGGCUCCCGGCGCUGCUGGCCAGUGCGCUCUGCACCUUCGUGCUACCGCUGCUGCUCUUCCUGGCCGCGAUCAAGCUCUGGGACCUGUACUGCGUGAGCAGCCGCGACCGCAGCUGCGCGCUCCCUUUGCCCCCCGGAACUAUGGGCUUCCCCUUCUUUGGGGAAACACUGCAGAUGGUGCUACAGCGAAGGAAGUUCCUGCAGAUGAAGCGCAGGAAAUACGGCUUCAUCUACAAGACGCAUCUGUUCGGGCGGCCCACAGUGCGGGUGAUGGGCGCCGACAACGUGCGGCGCAUCUUGCUCGGGGAGCACCGGUUGGUGUCGGUUCACUGGCCCGCGUCGGUGCGCACCAUCCUGGGCUCCGGCUGCCUCUCCAACCUGCACGACUCCUCGCACAAGCAGCGCAAGAAGGUGAUUAUGCGGGCCUUCAGCCGCGAGGCGCUCCAGUACUACGUGCCGGUGAUCGCGGAAGAAGUGGGCACUUGCCUGGAGCAGUGGCUGAGCUGCGGCGAGCGCGGCCUCCUGGUCUACCCCCAGGUGAAGCGCCUCAUGUUCCGCAUCGCCAUGCGCAUCCUGCUGGGCUGUGAGCCCCGACUGGCGAACGGCGGGGACGCGGAGCAGCAGCUGGUGGAGGCCUUCGAGGAAAUGACCCGCAAUCUCUUCUCGUUGCCCAUCGACGUGCCCUUCAGUGGGCUGUACCGGGGCAUGAAGGCGCGCAACCUCAUCCACGCGCGCAUAGAGGAGAACAUUCGCGCCAAGAUCUGCGGGCUGCGGGCGGCGGAGGCGGAGGCGGAGGCGGGCGGUGGCUGCAAAGAUGCGCUGCAGCUGUUGAUCGAGCACUCGUGGGAGAGGGGAGAGAGGCUGGACAUGCAGGCACUAAAGCAAUCUUCAACCGAACUCCUCUUUGGAGGACAUGAAACCACAGCUAGUGCAGCCACGUCUCUGAUUACUUACUUGGGGCUCUACCCCCAUGUUCUCCAGAAGGUUCGAGAGGAGCUCAAGAGUAAGGGUUUACUUUGCAAAAGCAAUCAAGACAACAAGUUGGACAUGGAAAUUUUGGGACAGCUUAAAUACAUUGGGUGUGUUAUUAAAGAGACCCUUCGACUGAAUCCCCCAGUUCCAGGAGGGUUUCGGGUCGCUCUUAAGACUUUUGAAUUAAAUGGAUACCAGAUUCCCAAGGGCUGGAAUGUUAUCUACAGUAUCUGUGAUACUCACGAUGUGGCAGAUAUCUUCACCAACAAGGAGGAAUUUAAUCCUGACCGAUUUAUGCUGCCUCACCCAGAGGAUGCGUCCAGGUUCAGCUUCAUUCCAUUUGGAGGCGGCCUGAGGAGCUGCGUAGGGAAAGAGUUUGCAAAAAUUCUUCUCAAAAUAUUUACAGUGGAGCUGGCCAGGCAUUGUGACUGGCGGCUUCUAAAUGGACCUCCUACAAUGAAAACUAGUCCCACCGUGUACCCUGUGGAUGAUCUCCCUGCAAGGUUCACCCGUUUCCAGGGGGAAACCUGAUGGGUGUGAAUGCCCAGCCUUCAGACUUAUUUGAAGUGCACAUGAGGUUUUACAUAGUGUCAUGUUGAUUUUAUUAUAUUUAAUUUCUAAAUGUAUAUUAUAAUAUUUAUGUGUCUCUACUACAGUACCACAGUCUUUAAAUAUUAAAAUAAUGAAUUUGGAUAGUUUCCAAAUAAAGUAAAAUCUGAAGGUG